AAAGUUACAGGUAUUAUCAACACGAUCAGCGGUGGUGGAGGAGGCGGUGGCGGCCGAGGUGGUGGUAGUGACAUCGGCAGCAUCAUAGGAGGCAUAGGUAGCCUCAUUGGUGGCGGUGGAGGACAGUACGGUGGAGGAGGUGGAAACAUCAAUCCCAACCGAUUGAAUGGGGGUAUGGUAAAUAUCCUUGGAAAUCUUAUCGGUGAAGCUGCUCAUCGCUUUCUCGGAGUUGAUCCAUCUACGGGACGUAUUAUUGGUGCUGUUGCUGGAAAUGUGAUCAUGGGUCUCGGUGGUAAAGAUAACUCGCUGGGUAAUAUUGGUAAAAUUAUUCUCGACAAUAUCAUUUCCGGAAAGUUCAGGCGAGAUGUGGAUCCAUUCGUUCGACCUGAACCUCGACCAGAUCGUACUGGUGGGAUCACUCCCAUCCAGCCGGUUCCAUCUCAUGCACCACUUGACUUCUAUGAAGAACGUGACAGAUGUCUGAAGGAGAAGCGCCUAUUUGAAGAUCCUCACUUCCCUGCUCAAGACAGUUCGUUGUUCUACAGCAGAAGUCCUCCUAAACGAAUUGACUGGCUCAGGCCUGGUGAGAUUGUUCGUGACCCGCAGCUCAUCACUGAAGGUCAUUCGCGAUUCGAUGUGAUUCAAGGCGAACUUGGUGACUGUUGGCUGCUUGCUGCAGCAGCUAAUCUUACCCUGAAGGACGAGUUGUUCUAUCGUGUUGUACCACCAGAUCAGUCGUUCACUGAGAACUACGCAGGUAUUUUCCAUUUCCAAUUCUGGCAAUAUGGUAAAUGGGUGGAUGUGGUGGUCGAUGACCGUCUUCCAACAUCUAACGGUGAACUGUUGUACAUGCACUCUGCCAGUAACAACGAGUUCUGGAGUGCUCUUCUUGAGAAAGCCUAUGCCAAAUUGUAUGGUUCUUAUGAGGCCCUCAAGGGAGGUACCACGUCAGAAGCUCUUGAAGAUAUGACCGGAGGUCUCACUGAGUUCUUCGACCUCCACCAACCGCCGAGGAAUUUGAUGCAAAUGAUGAUGAGGGGUUUCGAGAUGGGUUCACUGUUUGGUUGCUCUAUCGAAGCUGAUCCUUAUGUCUGGGAAGCUAAGUUAUCGAACGGACUUGUCAAGGGUCAUGCCUACUCGAUUACUGGAAUGCGUAUCGUUAAUGGGCCAUAUGGUCAGGUGUGUCUGAUGAGGAUUCGAAAUCCAUGGGGAAAUGAACAAGAAUGGAAUGGUCCUUGGUCGGAUGGCUCGAAGGAAUGGCGCAGCAUCCCAGAUAAUGUUAAGCAAGACAUGGGGCUGAAGUUCGAUCAUGACGGAGAAUUCUGGAUGUCAUUUGAAGAUUUCAUGAGGAACUUUGAGAAGAUGGAAAUCUGCAAUCUUGGGCCCGACGUUAUGGAUGAAGUUUAUCAGAUGACUGGUGUACGUGCAGCUGGAAUGGUAUGGGCCACCAAUACACACGAUGGUGCUUGGAUUCGUAAUCAAACCGCUGGUGGCUGCAGGAAUUAUAUCAAUACCUUUGCAAGCAAUCCGCAAUAUCGUGUACAACUCACUGAUUCUGAUCCGGAUGACGAUGAUGAACUAUGCACAGUGAUCUUUGCAGUAAUGCAAAAAUAUAGAAGAAAUCUGAAGGCUCAAGGUCUCGAUAACGUACCCAUUGGAUUUGCGGUCUACGACGCUGGCAAUAUCACAGGGCGUUUGUCUAAGGGUUUCUUCCAAGCGAACAAGUCCGCGAUGAGGAGCGCAGCAUUCAUCAAUUUGAGAGAGAUGACUGGUCGAUUCCGUGUGCCACCCGGCAACUACGUGGUUGUCCCAUCAACAUUCGAACCCAAUGAGGAAGCUGAGUUCAUGCUGAGAAUCUACACAAAUGGAUUUAUUGAAUCGGAAGAGUUGUAA